CGUUAUUAUUAUUAUUAUUAUUAUUAUUACGUCUGCAAGUAACCCAGUGUUGCAUAGUGGAUCCCAAUCUAUAAAUAUUACCUCUGCAUCACAUGGCCUUUAAUGUGUCGCCCUCUAGUGGCUCGUUCAUGUGAAUGCACAUUCAGAGUCCUCACAAACAGCAGCUGCACUCAGAAAGUUCACAUAAAUUAGUUAACUUCUCCAAUGUCCGUUUCUGUGGGUAAAUUGUUGAAGACAUAAUCUCGAAGGUGACAGGAAGCAAGGGAGAAUAAACGAACAGGAAACGAGGUAAAACCCGCUGUGUGUUGGGGUUACACAAAUGUCAACAGUAUCUUCUAAGUAAGUUGUUGGUCGCCGGCUGCCAUGUGAUCCGUCUGCCGAGCCCAGACAGAAUGUCAACCGUCAUUUGUAGCCUGUUGCCCGGUGAGCGACACCCCCAGUCCGCGGUGUGCUCCAACUGAACCGCAACACGUAGACUUUUUUUUCGGCGGAUCUUCUUCUUCUUCUUAUAAAUUCAGUCUGCAGUGGGAAGUUUUGCCGGUGAGCAGGGUACUUUUGAGCUGGGCAAUUUCAGCAGGGAGCAACAUGCGCUCCUUAGCGGGACUGGCUGCCAUUGUGGCGGCGGCAAGUGUCUUCCUGUACCUGCUGUCGACUCACCUUCCCCCGGGACCGACGCACGUCCAGCCGGGCUCCGAGGGCGAGGACGAGGGGGUCCACGAGUACAGGCUGAAGUUCCCGUCUGACCUGGAUGAGCUGCGGGAGCUCGCAGAGAUGCUCAAGUUUUAUAAAAGAGAACAUCACGGCUACGUUCUUCUGCUGUUCUGCAGCGCCUACCUCUACAAACAGUCCUUCGCCAUACCCGGCUCCUCCUUUCUGAACAUGUUAGCUGGUGCGAUAUUUGGGCCCUGGGAGGGUCUGGUGUUGGCCUGCACGCUCACCACUUUCGGUUCCACAUUCUGCUACCUGCUCUCCUCUGCUUUCGGAAAGCAGUACGUGGUUCAGGUCUUCCCUGAAAAGGUGGGCCUGCUGCAGAGGAAGGUGGAGGAAAAUCGUAGCAGUUUGUUCUUCUUCCUCCUUUUCCUCCGUUUCUUCCCUAUGACUCCUAACUGGUUCCUUAACAUCACCUGUCCCGUCCUCAACAUCCCUAUGCCCAUUUUCUUCUUCUCUGUCUUCAUAGGUUUGAUCCCGUACAACUUCAUCUGUGUUCGCACGGGCUCCAUCCUCUCAGAGAUCUCCUCCCUGGAUGAUAUCUUCUCCUGGGGGACGCUGGCACAGCUCCUGGCCAUCGCCCUCAUGGCUCUCCUCCCCGGAGCGCUGAUCAAACACUACAGCAAAUCUCACCUUAAGGUGGACGGCAUGGAGAGUAACGGACCCAGCCAGGCUGAUAUCAAGCAGGAGCGGAAGAGACGAUGAUUCUGGGAUGAAGGAGGAAUCUUCGGGUUUGGGAUUCCCAAACAUAAACUCUGUCGGCUGGUAGGCAUGUGACCUUUUGUCCACUUCAACCUCGUGAUUUCUGUAAGGUCACACCAAAGGUCUCUUCUCCUCAUAUAUGUUUACUCAGUGACUCAGUUUGCAGCUGUUAUGGUUCCAGGAGUUGCAUAGAAAAAAGUAUUUAGAACAUUAGGACUGUUAAAUGUCUCAAGAUUGGGUGUCUGUCUUUUCCUAAAGCACUUGAACAGGUCUUAAUGCGUUUAACAGGUGUGAUCUUCUCAUCAAAUUAUAUUGAACAAUAACAUAUUUUAGAUAGUAGCAGAUAAGACUAACUGCCUUGCUCAAGAGCACCUGGACAUCACCUGAGGGAGUUUGGAAGAUCACAUCUUGUUCUGUGAAUAUGUGGCCUUUAACUGCGUGUAGUGUUGCACUUUAUGUCAAUUGCUGUUAGUGUAAUUUAUUCACUGUAUAUGUUCGGAAUUUAAAUAUUUAUUUUUUUAAAUAAUUAUUUUGCAGAGAAGAGAGUUAAUAGAGAAUAGUCUUAAAUUGUAGCUUUUAUCAGAAACAUAAGUUUGCUCUAAAUUCAGCAGUGACUGUAGCGCAGGGAGAGUUUGUGACUGAUGCAGCUGUCUUUUUACAGAUUUGCAUCACCUAUUGUAUAUUCUAGAGGUGUUUCAUGAUUAACCUGUUAAAGACAAUCUGUUCUAAAACUUUUAUGUAGAAUUUGCAAAACCAACUCUUAUUAUCUUUAGUGAACAGGAUUUUUACAGUUCUGGAAUGGAGUCACAUUUUUAUCCAUUAGUCUAGCUGCUGUUGACACAAACAGUGGUAGGUUAUUGUUGUGAGCUUGAUGGUUCCAAAGACAACAAAUUCAAGGUUUAGUUUUUGUCAGCACAGACGAGAAGCAGUAUUAUGAACACUGCACUGUGGCAAAAUAAAGAUGGUUGUUGUUAACAAUGUUGCUUUAAGAUUUAGAGGUGUUUAUGUAGCUCUCAGGAUUGGUUGUCUCUCCUUCUUUGAAGAAAAUAAUUAAUCCAAUGCAUAAUGCAGUUUUUUUCCCCAAGGUAAUGUGUAAAGGUUAAUACAAUCUGUAAUGUCUGUUCAUUUUGAAUCUUUCAGUUUUACCCAGAAUCAUUAACUGCUUGUGUAGCGAUGAAUUGAAACAUGGAUUUCUGGAUGCAAA